GUUUUUUGGCAUGGACACAGGUUCAGUGGGAGGAUUAGAACUGACUGAGCAAACUCCUGUUUUAUUAGGGAGUACGGCCAUGGCAACUAGUCUCACCAAUGUAGGAAAUUCAUUUAGUGGUCCACCCAAUUCUUUAGUUGCUAGAUCUAAUAAGUUUCAAAACUCAUCAGUGGAAGAUGAUGAUGAUGUUGUUUUUAUUGAACCUGUACAACCUCCCCCACCUUCUGCACCAGUGGUAGCUGAUCAAAGAACCAUAACAUUUACAUCAUCCAAAAAUGAAGAACUACAAGGAAAUGAUUCCAAAAUUCUUCCUUCCUCAAAAGAGUUGGCUUCUCAGAAGGGAAGUGUAAGUGAGACAAUUGUCAUUGAUGAUGAAGAGGACAUGGAAACAAAUCAAGGUCAAGAGAAAAAUUCCUCCAAUUUUAUUGAACGGAGACCACCUGAGACUAAAAACAGAACCAAUGAUGUGGAUUUCUCCACUUCCAGUUUUUCAAGAAGUAAGGUAAAUGCAGGAAUGGGUAAUAGUGGUAUCACCACAGAACCAGACUCUGAAAUUCAGAUUGCUAAUGUUACAACCUUAGAAACAGGUGUAAGCUCUGUGAAUGAUGGCCAAUUAGAAAAUACUGACGGGCGAGAUAUGAACUUAAUGAUUACACAUGUAACAUCACUGCAGAAUACCAACUUGGGAGAUGUCUCUAACGGACUGCAGUCAAGUAAUUUUGGUGUUAAUAUACAAACAUACACCCCAUCUUUGACUUCACAGACCAAGACUGGAGUAGGACCUUUUAAUCCUGGUAGAAUCAAUGUGGCAGGAGACGUUUUUCAGAAUGGAGAAUCUGCAACUCAUCAUAAUCCUGAUUCCUGGAUUUCCCAGUCAGCUUCAUUUCCUCGUAAUCAGAAACAACCAGGGGUGGAUUCUUUAUCACCAGUGGCCUCACUUCCUAAACAAAUUUUCCAGCCUUCUGCACAGCAACAACCCACUAAACCAGUUAAAGUCACUUGUGCAAACUGCAAAAAACCUUUACAGAAGGGACAGACAGCUUAUCAACGAAAAGGAUCAGCUCACCUCUUUUGUUCUACCACCUGCCUUUCCUCCUUCUCUCACAAGCCUGCUCCAAAGAAACUUUGUGUUAUGUGUAAAAAAGAUAUAACUACAAUGAAAGGAACCAUUGUUGCUCAAGUGGAUUCAAGUGAAUCCUUCCAGGAAUUCUGUAGUACAUCUUGUUUGUCUCUCUAUGAGGACAAACAGAAUCCUACUAAAGGAGCUCUAAAUAAAUCAAGAUGUACAAUUUGUGGUAAACUAACAGAGAUUCGCCAUGAAGUUAGCUUUAAAAAUAUGACUCAUAAGCUGUGCAGUGACCACUGCUUUAAUAGAUACAGAAUGGCUAAUGGUUUAAUAAUGAAUUGCUGUGAGCAGUGUGGAGAGUACCUGCCGAGCAAAGGUGCUGGAAACAAUGUCCUGGUGAUCGAUGGUCAGCAGAAAAGAUUUUGCUGUCAAAGUUGUGUCAGUGAAUACAAACAGAAAUAUGGAAAACUGACCACUUGUACUGGUUGCCGAACACAGUGCAGGUUUUUUGAUAUGACUCAAUGUAUAGGUCCUAAUGGAUAUAUGGAGCCAUAUUGUUCAACUGCUUGCAUGAACAGUCACAAGACAAAAUAUGCAAAAUCACAAAGUUUGGGAAUUAUUUGCCAUUUUUGUAAGCGAAACUCUUUACCUCAGUAUCAAGCCACAAUGCCUGAUGGGAAACUGUAUAACUUUUGCAAUUCCAGUUGUGUUGCUAAAUUUCAGGCUCUAAGUAUGCAGUCAUCUUCAAAUGGCCAGUUUGUAGCUCCAAGUGAUAUUCAGUUGAAAUGCAACUAUUGUAAAAAUUCCUUUUGUUCAAAGCCAGAAAUCCUGGAAUGGGAGAACAAAGUGCAUCAAUUCUGCAGCAAAACUUGUUCAGAUGACUAUAAGAAGUUGCAUUGCAUAGUUACAUAUUGCGAAUACUGUCAAGAGGAGAAGACUCUUCAUGAAACAGUAAAUUUCUCUGGCGUUAAGAGACCUUUCUGUAGUGAAGGCUGCAAACUAUUGUAUAAACAGGAUUUUGCACGACGUUUAGGAUUGAGAUGUGUUACUUGCAACUAUUGCUCUCAACUGUGUAAGAAGGGAGCAACUAAAGAACUUGAUGGUGUCGUGAGAGAUUUCUGUAGUGAAGACUGCUGUAAGAAAUUUCAGGAUUGGUACUACAAGGCUGCAAGGUGUGAUUGCUGUAAAUCUCAAGGAACGCUUAAAGAGAGAGUGCAGUGGCGUGGAGAAAUGAAACAUUUCUGUGAUCAACACUGCUUACUACGUUUCUACUGUCAGCAAAACGAGCCCAACAUGACGACUCAGAAAGGACCUGAAAACUUACAUUAUGAUCAGGGUUGUCAGACGUCCCGAACCAAAAUGACAGGUUCAGCACCACCCCCUUCUCCAACACCUAAUAAGGAAAUGAAGAACAAAGCUGUUCUUUGCAAACCUUUAACAAUGACAAAAGCUACUUAUUGUAAACCUCAUAUGCAGACCAAAUCUUGUCAGACAGAUGAUAAUUGGAAAACAGAGUAUGUUCCAGUGCCUAUUCCUGUACCUGUGUAUAUCCCAGUACCUAUGCACAUGUACAGUCAGAAUAUUCCUGUUCCUACUACAGUUCCUGUUCCUGUGCCGGUUCCUGUUUUUCUGCCUGCCUCAUUGGAUAGCAAUGAGAAGAUCCCUGCAGCCAUUGAAGAUCUAAAAAGCAAAGUUUCUUCAGAUCCUCUUGAUACAGAGCUGCUUACAAUGACAGAUAUGAUGACUGAAGAUGAGGGGAAAACAGAAGCUGCCAACAUUAACAGUGUAAUUAUUGAAACCGACAUAAUUGGUUCAGAUCUCUUGAAGAACUCUGACCCGGAGACACAGUCGAAUAUGCCUGAUGUACCAUAUGAACCAGAUUUGGAUAUUGAAAUAGAUUUCCCCAGAGCUGCUGAGGAGCUUGAUAUGGAAAAUGAAUUUUUAUUGCCACCUGUUUUUGGAGAAGAAUAUGAGGAACAGCCUAGACCUCGAUCUAAAAAAAAGGGAGCCAAGAGAAAAGCUGUAUCAGGAUACCAGUCUCAUGAUGAUAGUUCUGACAAUUCAGAAUGUACCUUUCCUUUCAAAUAUACGUAUGGUGUAAACGCAUGGAAACACUGGGUCAAAACUAGGCAACUUGAUGAAGAUCUUCUGGUAUUAGAUGAGCUAAAAUCUCCUAAAUCAGUAAAGUUAAAAGAGGAUCUGCUCUCUCAUACCACAGCUGAGCUUAACUAUGGGUUAGCCCAUUUUGUCAAUGAGAUCCGACGUCCAAAUGGAGAGAGUUAUGCACCCGACAGCAUCUAUUAUCUUUGCCUUGGAAUACAGGAGUACUUGUGUGGUAGUAAUCGAAAAGACAACAUAUUUAUUGAUCCAGGAUACCAAACAUUUGAGCAAGAAUUGAAUAAAAUACUCCGAAGUUGGCAACCCAGCAUACUUCCAGAUGGGUCAAUUUUUUCUCGAGUUGAAGAAGAUUAUCUCUGGAGGAUAAAACAGCUAGGGUCACACUCUCCUGUAGCUCUUCUGAAUACCCUGUUCUACUUUAACACUAAGUAUUUUGGCCUGAAAACAGUGGAACAACACUUAAGACUUUCCUUUGGCACUGUAUUUAGGCACUGGAAAAAAAAUCCUUUAACAAUGGAAAACAAAGCAUGUCUUCGAUACCAAGUGUCUUCCUUAUGUGGAACAGAUAAUGAAGAUAAAAUUACUACUGGAAAAAGAAAACAUGAAGAUGAUGAGCCAGUAUUUGAACAAAUUGAAAAUACAGCCAAUCCGUCUAGAUGUCCUGUGAAAAUGUUUGAAUGCUACUUGUCUAAAAGUCCACAGAAUCUUAAUCAGAGAAUGGAUGUUUUUUAUUUGCAACCAGAAUGCUCUAGUUCUACAGAUAGUCCUGUCUGGUACACAUCUACUUCACUGGACCGAAACACCUUGGAAAAUAUGCUUGUACGGGUUCUUUUAGUAAAAGAUAUUUAUGAUAAAGACAAUUAUGAACUGGAUGAAGACACAGACUAAAAAGGAACAUUUCAGAAGCAAUCGGGAUAAAACAGCAUUAGAUAGUCAUGCUGCUAGAUCUUUAUUAUGGAAAACAUUUCAAGUUUACUCCUUCUGUUUUGAGUUUUGUAGCAGUGUACCCACACUGGGUAUUACCAUGUAAAUAAUCUGUGAGUGAAAGUUGCCAUUAUUCUAUGUAGUGGUUUUAGGAUACUUAACAAAUACAUUCAAAUUCUUUUUUUAUUAUUUAUUUGAUUAGGUAUGUUUGUAACUUUUUACAUUACAAAAUACGAAUGAGAAUGUGCCAUGUAUAAUUUUUUUCUUGUAGUAAGAAACAUCCAUAUUGCACAACUCUACUGUUGCAAAGCUUCCCUGAAAGGAGGCUCUUUUACUGGGUUCUUGACCAGAUGGUUGUGUAUGGGUAGCACUACUAAAAGUUUAGAACUUGCAGUGUCUUUCAGAAUUUUUAAAAUAAACUGUAAACUAAUAGGCUGGGUUUUUUGUUUUGUUUUUUGGGGGUUUUGUUUGUUUUGUUUUAUGUUUCAGUUACUGAAGCCUUACAAGGUUGUGUAGAGAGAUACCAUCUUCUGUACCAAAAAUAGACAAGAGAAUGCUGUCAAUAUUGGUGUACUGUAAUGUGAAUCUAUACUGGUGAAAACAACUUUUUGUUCCCCUUAUUAAAACCUUAGUGUCCUUUUCUCAUUUGUGGCUUUCUGCAUCACCCCAGUCAACAAUAAAAAAAAAUAUAUAUAUAUAUAUAUAUAUAUAUGUAUAUAUAUGUAUGUAUAUAUGUGUGUGUAUAUAUAUAUAUAUGAAGAAUGAUGUUGAAAACAUGAUCAUUGAGACAUUUUCUUUGUAAAAAUGUCCAAUGAAACUACAGAAUUCUGUUUUCUAUGCCAACCAUAAGUAUCCAAAAUCCCAUUCAUUUAUAGAAGUUUGAUUUUUUCUUUUCCCCCUCCCCUUAAAAAUAGAGAUCAUGUUGCAGUAUCUGAGUAGUACUCUAAAAACUUUACCAAUUUUAUUAGAAAUUUUGUAUUGCCUUCAAAUAUGACUGAUGCAUAUGUUGGAUAAAAUUAUUUUUAGAAAUGCCACUCCCAAAAUAGUUGUUAUAGAAAGUCAAGCUAGUUUAAAUAAGAUAGUAUCACAUUUUACUAUGAAGAUUACCAGUGUAGUAAUUCUGAUAUUUCAGAUGAUUGAAGAAGAAAAAGAAACUGAUGGAUAAGAUAAAGUCUAUCUCGAAGGAAGUCACAUUUGAUGUUAGAUUGUUUGGCUUUUAAAAUUUAAUUACUUCUUAUAGAAGAUUGCAUUAAAAAACUUUGUGCUUCUGCAGAGCAAUUUAUCCGUUGCAGACCUUUUCUUUUAGAACAAGGAAGUUUACUUAAAAUCCUACUUUAUAAAGACUAAGCAAAAUGCUAGCUGCAAAUUAUUAUAAAGAAAUCAUUUGGCUGAAAUCCUAGAGCAUGUGUGUAAUCAUAUUGUCUUGUUUCUGAUUCUUGACUCAUCAUGGUGACAUUAGUUUUUUAAAAUUGUUGGGGGGAAUUUGGGCUAUUUUCCACAGUGGUUAGGCAAUGUCUACAUGUCCCUUAGAUAUUUCUCUCUUGCUUAGGAUAAAUAUUAGCAUUCAGAAGAAAUUUUCUCAAUCAUGAUAUGGAAAAUUUCACAAGUGUAAUCACUGUAUAUUUAAGCAAUAAUUAUCAGAAAUGUUUUUGGCAUAAAAUUACUUUAUAAUGUUCUAACUUGUUUUAUAAGUUUGAAUAACAUUUCUGUCCCUUAAUUUUAUAUUUGUUGAUUUGAUAAUCAGACUGACAGUAGCAAAUCUGAUAUUAGUUUACUAAAAUAGAUUGCUCAUUGUUUAAUGAAGAAAGGUGGGUAACGUAUUUAAAAUAUAUACUACAAAAAUUUUCCUCAUACUUACCUUUUUCCGGAAGUACUUCAAGCACUUUUCCUAUAAAUGCAUAUUGUUGAUUAAAAGGCGGUUAAUCCUAACCAUCUUUUAUUCUUCAAAGUGGUGCUAUAUUCCAUCAAGCAAUAAUGUUUGCCCCAAAUGUCACUUAAUGUUUAUUCUACCAAAUACCAUACAUUCUGCCAUGGUACUACUAUUAAGCACCUUGUCUUGCUAUUUACAUUUCCUUUAUUGUACAGUUUAGCUUUUCUAAACAAAUGUCUACAUAAUUUUGAUCUUAACAUGAUUGAGGAUUUAGAGCUCUUGUUUUUGUCUUGAAUGCAAUCCAAGGAUUGAUUAACUUGACUCUCAGGGGGAAAAGAAAAAAAAACUUUAUAAGAAUUGUCUGUUCUGUGAAACUUAUUUCACCUAGAAUACAUUUAUUUCAUUGGUUCCUGAAUGUCCUUAAUUUGUGUGGUCGUAGCUGACUGCUGACAAAGAGGACAGUUAAAUGAUAGCAGUUUCUUUUUGCUUCCAAGUGAUUUCUGAUGAUAGCAUCCUGUAAAUAUAACUUUAUUGUCUUUAGAUGUCUAUUGGAGAUGCUAUAUUUUUUGUUCUGAAGAUUUUGCCAUUUAAAAUGAAUCAGAGUUUUUAUUCAUACUGAGAAGGGUGAUUUUCCCAUGCAAAUUGAAUCUUCAUUAACACAAUUUUUGGGUUUUAAACUGUAUUAGGUAAUAUAAGACAUUAAAGGAUUUUUCUAGGCAAGAAGUUCAACUUUUUUUUUUCUUUUUUGGCCAUAAAAAGACUUCUAUUAAAAAAAAAAACAAAAAAAUACUUCUAUUACACAAGUUGUUACCAGUGUGUUAAACAUAACUGAGAUAGGGAGAAGAUGCAUAUUGUACUGCGCAUUCAAACUUUUGUCACUGUUUUUCUCAUGGACUUUCCCUAUGUCCUGGCCAAUUUGGAGUGGGGUAACUCAUUUUUGGGACAAUUUGAAAAUGGGAUAACGUGCUUAUGCAUAGUAUUAAGGAUUACAGUAAUGGAGAAGUCCUAAAACUGCGAAUUUUUGGUUUGUACUACUCUUAUUGUGGGUUCAUUGAAUCCGAGAUCUUAAAUAUUUUGCAGUCUUAAAUCACUAUAAAAAUUUACACUUAUUUUGCCAGUUAUUUCCAAAAUGUACUGUUAUACAUAUGUCACUUAAUGUUCUAAGUUAACACUGACUGUAGGAUAAUGUCCUUGUUCCCCUCAUACAAAAUAGUCAUGAAAGUGUACAUGAAAAUAUUUUUAAAGAAUAAAUUUCUUUAACUAAA